CUGAUUCAUGCCACAGAGGGGAUCCGAGAGAAAACUCCGGCCUGCAGUUGGGGAUCUCUGCUUAGUGGGGCCCUGGCAACUAUGCACGAGGUGGAGAUACAGGAGGAUGUGAAUUUGGGGUGCAUGUUUGGUGCACUGUGUGCACGGUCCUGUGACCCGUGGCUCACCCCUUGUGGACCUUACAUAAGAGAGAACUGGGAGAGCGGCGUCUGGCAAGCAGCAUCUUGGGAAAUCUGGAAGCAGUCCACGCCAGGCUGAACUGGAACCAUGAACAAGUUCAGCGAAGUGGUGAAGCAGGCGCGCGCCGCCUUCAACUCGGGCCGGACGCGCCCGCUGCAGUUCCGGAUUCAGCAGAUGGAGGCGCUGCGGCGCAUGAUCAAGGAGCGCGGGCCGGACAUCACCCGAGCGCUGGCCGCCGACCUGCACAAGGUGCUCUUGCCCCGAAACGGGCGGCCGCUGUUCGGGAGAGUGGGGCAGAGGCGCGACAGGGACAGGGAUAGUCGUGAAAAUGAAUGGACCAGCUACUAUGAGGAGAUGGUGUAUGUCCUGGAGGAGAUCGAGCACAUGAUCAAGAAGCUCCCCGAGUGGGCUGCAGAUGAACCUGUGGAGAAGACUCCACAAACACAGCAGGACGAGCCCUACAUCCACUCAGAGCCCCUGGGAGUAGUCCUCAUCAUUGGUGCCUGGAACUACCCCUUCAACCUGAUCGUUCAGCCCAUGGUGGGCGCCAUCGCUGCAGGGAAUGCAGUGGUCCUCAAGCCCUCGGAGCUGAGUGAGAACAUGGCAAGCCUGCUGGCCACCAUCAUCCCUCAGUAUCUGGACAAGGAUCUGUACCCAGUGAUCAAUGGGGGCGUUCCCGAGACUACAGAGCUGCUCAAAGAGCGAUUCGACCACAUCUUGUACACGGGCAGCACAGCUGUGGGGAAGAUUAUUAUGACAGCUGCUGCCAAGCACCUGACCCCCGUCACACUGGAGAUGGGAGGAAAGAGCCCCUGCUACGUGGACAAGGACUGCGACCUGGACGUGGCCUGUCGACGCAUCGCCUGGGGCAAAUUCAUGAACAGCGGCCAGACCUGUGUGGCCCCUGACUACAUCCUCUGUGACCCCUCAAUCCAGAACCAAAUCGUGGAGAAGCUCAAAAAGUCACUGAAAGAGUUUUAUGGAGAAGAUGCCAAGAAGUCCCGUGAUUAUGGGAGAAUCAUCAAUGCCCGGCACUUCCAGCGGGUGAUGGGCCUGAUCAAGGGCCAGAAAGUAGCCCUCGGCGGCACUGGGGAGGAAGCCACCCGCUACAUAGCCCCCACCAUCCUCAUGGACGUGGACCCCCAGUCCCCAGUGAUGCAAGAGGAGAUCUUUGGACCAGUGAUGCCCAUUGUGUGCGUGCACAGCCUGGAGGAAGCCAUCCAGUUCAUCAACCAGCACGAGAAGCCACUGGCUCUCUACGUGUUCUCCAGCAAUGACAAGGUGAUUAAGAAGAUGAUUGCAGAGACAUCGAGCGGCGGGGUGACAGCCAACGAUGUCAUUGUCCACCUCGCCGUGCACUCUCUGCCCUUUGGGGGCGUUGGGCACAGUGGCAUGGGGGCCUACCAUGGCAAGAAGAGCUUUGAGACCUUCUCCCAUCGUCGCUCCUGCCUGGUGAGGUCUCUGCAAAAUGACGAAGCCCACAAGGCCAGGUACCCACCUAGCCCAGCCAAGAUGCCCCGGCACUGAGGAGGCUGCUCCACCUGGCCGAGCUGUGCUUGCUCUUGCUGGAGGGUGAGAUGCCCUGUUGACUCUCCUGCCCGUUGGAGAACUGCUUCUGGAGCCCCUAACCCUGGCCUCUUGUUCCUCUAUGUCCUGUGCAUGCCCCCACCUCCCAGGUAGACCCAGGACUGUCCUCUCUAAGUCCCUAGCCCUUGCUAGACACAGAGCAAUAAAGCUUCCUGAGUGACCAGUUAAA